GGAAGAUUUUCCUGAAUUUAGAGGAACCGGGAAAAUUUGACGUCGUUUGGCCAGAACCGUAAGCAGAUGAUUGGCAUAGGAAUUGAAGAAUGGCGUCAUUUGACAGCUCUGUGGAGAUCAUUGAUGUGACAGAGAGUGAGAUGAUUCAAAGCCCUAUGAACAGAAAAUCCCGAAAGGACGACAAUGAUGAUGCACCAUCGCCAAGAUUUCCUCUGCUGGAAUCUGUGUCUGGCAGGUUUGAGCAGAACAGGAGGGAAAGAGAGGAACGCAUUGAACGUUUGAGGAAUAGACAAGAAGCUGAGAAAGCGCACUCUCUGUAUCUAAAGCUCAAUCUGUCAUCUCCGUAUGAGCUGCAACGAGCACGGCAUGUGGCUGAAUCCUGGGCCAAGAAAAAUAGUAGACAACGUCCACUGAUGACUGAACGCCAGCGCCAAGUUUUGCGACAAAUCGAAACUGUGGACAGAAGUAACACCCGUUCCCAACGAAUCCUAGCACCUCCCAGGCUAAAUGUCUCCAACAAUGCCAAUGACUACUCCGAGACCUGUCCGAUCAUUGGUUGUCAAGUCAAGUUCACGAGUCAACAAGAUCAUGAAAUGCAUGAACGCCAUUUUGAACAUUCCCCCUGCAACCCCCUGCUACACAUGCCCAAUGGCUGCCUGCCAGAUCACCCUCUAAGUUUUGUGUGCCCAAAGUGUGGAGAAAGUUUCCAGCGAAGCAUCGACUGUCAAGAGCACAUGGUGAUGUCGGACCACCUGAGUCUCUACCUCCCGCUGCCUGUGUGUGCCUACAUGUGUCCUCAGUGCCUGCUCUUCUUCCCGGAGAAGAUGCGCUGUCACAACCACAUGGAGGAACUGCUCCACUUCCAGGUGGCCUACCCCUUCAGUGAUGACCUCAACAGUAAUCCAUCAUCAUGUCCAAGGACUGUGCCAGUGACAUUAGAGUUGGCGCGUGACUUCAUCCAGAAGGUGAAGGCCAGAUGUCCAACCUUCACCUUGACCUGUGUGGAGUGUCAGGUGGUGGUAGGAAGUCAGCAGGAGUUGGAUCAGCACCGGCGGGAGAUGGAGGAGACGCACAUGUUCACAUCAUCAUCCACCUGUAACCUGGUUGAAAUAUUUGCGGAGUACCUAGGAGACAAAACCUGUGAUACCUGCCUACAGAUCUUACACACCCCACCUUCUGAUGGAAUCCAUAAUUGUGUAACUGGCAUGCAGGGAGUCAGCACCAACCUUAACUUUAACUCCUUCAAUGAGUUUGUACUUCGCUGUGGGCAUACACUCCAUGUGAGUCCUAAUGUACAAACAUUGUAUACAGAAGGACCAGGUAAAACUCAGCCUCUUAGCUUGGAUCCUUCUCCCUGUCCAACAGAACCUUCUACUUCAGGAUUGGCAGAAACUUCUCAAGGACAUGUGGACCUUCAUAGCCUUGCACCAGCAUCAGCAUCAGCAUCAGCAUCAGCAUUAGCAUCAGCAUCAGCAUUAGCAUCGCCAGGUGUUGUGGAAAUGCAGCAUCUUGAUUCAGCAUCCACCACAGCAGAUGUGGAAACUCAUCUUAAUAUGUCAGCAUCUUCUACUCCUGGAGGCACAGAUACUCAACGUCUUGUAUCCACAUCUUCAGAAAGAAGUGAUUCUUGUCAACUUGAUAAUGGGAGAAAGAGGUCCUAUGUAAUCGAAAUAUCCAGUUCCAGUGAAGAUGAGAUCUUAAACCUGACUUCAUCGGCUUGUAAAAGACGUAAACUUAAUGAAAAGUCAUCAUCAAGUGCUAAGAAAUCAAAGAAGGGCAAAAAAUCUAAGUCAAGGAAAGGAAAAUCUUUGACCAGUGAAUUUGAAGUUUCUGUCGAUAAUGAUACAAGUUUCUGCAAAGACAACAAUGGGAACGAUAAAAAUCGAGCCAAUGAGGAACUGGUUUGUUUAUCAAAAGCAGAGCAUCUUCAAUCCUCUCAUCAGGUUGCUUUGAAAGAAAAGCUUUCAUCCGAUUACAUCACCUCAUUGGCCCGUAAAGAACACUUGUCCAGCAGAACCUCUGAUACUUCCCCAAUAUGGGCCUCUUCUUUCAAAUGUAACUUGCCAAAGUCCCAUGUCACGGGUCCUUUGAAAGAAGGUCACUCCAGCUCUUCAUCAACAUCUUCAUCAUCAUCUGCCCAUCGUGUCAAGAUUGACCCCGUUCAUCUGUCAACAUUUUGUGUCCAAGGGGGAAAAGAUUGUGCUCAGUCAUCAGCCCAGCACUUGGCUCUUGGUCACACACUGAUGUCUUCUACAGAUGCAUCCAGAUCUCAGGCAGCAUCGGAUGCUGAGAGAGCAUCAACAUCGAACAGACCUAACUCUAUCAGCUCUUCCAGGUCCUUUGAAGCAUACCCUCACAACUUGGAUGAGAUGAAACUUGUUCUGUUUGUGGAUCUGGACAACUGGGGUGGCUUCUUCAAGAAACUUCCACGCAAUCUGCCAGAGAAGAGCUUUGUGUGGGGUUUCUAUGGAGGAAAGCAACGAUGGGUUCCACCAAACAAGAAUGUGAUAUACCAGAGGUUGGUUGAAAACAACUGUCUGCACAUCCAUGACCAGUGUGGUACCAGUAAGGAUGCUGCAGACUUCGCAAUAUGUCUGACAGUUGGGAAGAUGGACGAGCGGCUGCCUAAGCACAUCCCCUUCACAAUACUGUCGGGAGAUAAGGGCUUCCUUGAGGUGGAGAGACAAAUGAAGAUGUCAUCACGCAAGAUGGUUGUCAUCGACCCUCACAACGCUGAACAGCAUGACAACGAAGUGCUGUACACCAUGAUUAUCAGUGUGGCCAAUCACUAACCAUGCCUGAGGAACAACAUGGUUAACAAGUGUGUAAUACUGAACACACUGAUCAGUGUUCGAAACUAAGCAUGAAAGUCAGGAGGUCCUUGUCAUUAAAAGCCAAAGAUUUAGGGGUCCAGAUACUCUCUAGAUUCGAAAACUAUCGAAAACCUCAAGGACUCAUGGACCACACGUGGGAUCAUUUAGAUAAUGCUGCUAUGUGAUCUAAGAAUGGAUUCACUUCCACAAUCAUUGUGCUAGAGCUGUCUAUGGUUGAUUUGUGUCCCUUAUCAGGAUCAGUUUUUUUGUGGGUUUUCAAUCUUAAAUUCUCUCUAUAUAUUUAUCCUUGGUCAGCAAUCCGGUUCCUUUAAGGAUUAAGGACUAUGGCCUGUGUCACUGUGAUGGUCUUUGUUUUAAGAACACUUUGUGCAGAUGGCACCAAUUCGGUUUUUUUGUUUUACAAAUUGUUUUAUGCCUGUUGAUCAUAAGGCUCUCUUGAAAACACUUACACUUCCCACUUUGCUGUAUAAGUGCAAUAAUCUUGUAUGAAAUAUUCAACCCUAUUUCACCUCAUGUAAAACUUCCACCAUUCAGAUCUUUCAAUCAUCAUGCAAAUAUCUAUCAUACAGUUGUUUGGGACUAACUGGGAUUUUCUCUCAGUAUUUCUCCUAAGUAAUGUUGGCAUCUAUGAUUUUGAGAAAAAAUUGGUCUGUUUCUGUCUGUUUCUGUCAUUAUAGGUCUUUGAAAAAAGGUUAGAAACAAAAACUUAAAAGAAGUUAAAGAACACCCAAUUCUUUCAUACUAUUUGGUGAAAUAGUAUCUAGUAUCUAGUAAUAUGAAAUAAUCAGGUUUCUUUAAAUUCUUAGUAGUCCAUAAAUUUUCAUGAGAUACUUUGGUUUUCUAUUGACAAUACACAAUGUAGGGCAGAGGGGGAAUUUAUUCAUAUUUAGAGUCAGAACAUGCAGAAUUGGAUCGCAUUUGACGCGAGAUGUUCCUUUUCAGCUAUGUAUCUAUUUGUUCACAGACAGACAAAUAAAGUGAACAUGUUCUACGUUGCCAUACUGUCCUGUGACCAUCAGGAUCCUCAGUUCCUUCACAUGUUACUAAAAAAGAAACAUUAAAAAUUUUAAUUUUUGUUGUA